GGUACAGUUACUAGUCCAUAAAGAACCUUCGUCACGUACGGUUGUGCUUGGUUGCUUCUGGUGGUGUUUCUCUUGAUUGUGUAUCAAUCUAGUGCUGGUGUUCUUCACACAUAAAUUCAUCUGGAAGGGAAAGGUGAAAGUACGGAGUAGUGCAUUCUAGUGGAAGCUGCGGCAGCAGUUUUGGAAGGCAUCAUUCGGUUGAAGUCAAACAGUGUUAUUUGUAUUUUUGAAUUUUAGUGUGUAGUGCUCAACUGGAUAACGUAAGAUUAUAAUUUGAAGUUAUCAAGAAGUGAGCUACUAAAGUUCUUCAUCAACAAAGUGAUUCUGUAGAAGAAGUGAAGGAAUCAAGCAAAUUUAAAGUUCGUGGUAGUGAGAAGAAAGCGAAGAAGCAUAGCAACGAAUCUUUCUUUAUAGGAUUCUUCAAGCUUUGUGUGUAUCAUCGUUCGUUCGUUCGAGGAUUACGUUGCAGCUGGUUACAUUUUUGGACGCAAACAACAGAUUUUGUGUGCACUUGUUGGUGUCGCUAUUGUCGUCUGGCUCCAUCAUCUGGCUGAGUGUGAGUCAUUGUACGCGCGUCGUCGUCUGUACGAGAUACUGAACAAGGAGUUCCGAGCACUGAAUUCGCCUAUUGAACAUCGUUGCCUCAUCGACAGUCAGCCAAAAUGCCAUCCAUGGGAGUAUCGUGUGUUAGAUACCUGGUGUUUUUCUUCAAUUUCCUGUUUGCGAUCACCGGACUGGUCGUCGUAGUGACGGGAGCCAUCAUUCAGUCGUCCUAUCAUCAUUAUUCGAACUUUCUCGGUGAGAGCUUCUGGACUGCCCCGAUAGUGCUAAUCGUGAUUGGAUCCGUCAUAUUCGUCGUUGCCUGCUUCGGAUGCUGUGGCGCCGCAAAGGAGAGCCCAUGUAUGAUCAUAACGUUCUCAGUCUUUCUCGGAUUGGUAUUCCUAGCCGAAAUCGGAAUCGGCGUCGCCGGUUAUUACAAACACGAGGAACUGAGCGGCAUCCUGGAGAAGGGCUUCAACGAAACGCUGGACAACUACAAGACCAAUUUGGCCGCCCAGGAAGCGUGGAAUUUGGUUCAAUCGGAGAUGAAAUGCUGCGGUGUUAAUGGACCGGAAGAUUGGCAGCCAAUCUUUAAGAACGAUACCGUACCGAAAUCGUGCUGCCACGAGUUGCCGAUCGGCGUGAGCAAAUGCACCAGGAAGUAUGCCGAUCCGGAGGGUUGCUUCCCGAAGUUGUCCGCAUUCCUUGGGUCCAAGUCUCUGCUGAUGGCCGGGAUUGGCAUUGGGCUGGCUGCCGUUCAGCUUGUGGCCGUCCUGCUCGCUUGCUGCCUGUACGGAUCAUUCCGACGACAAUACGAAACCGUCUAAGCUGUUACAUCGUGCAAAGUGUGAGCGAGGAGAGAACGACCAUCAUGAUUCAAUGCCUACAUGCGAAAAGAGCAGAAACCGAUAAUUCGUGGGAUAUACCGACAUCGAUUAUUUACCGUGUACAACAAAUCGACCCGAAAUGAAGAUCCCCUCGUUAAGAACACUAGGGGGAAAUGUACCGGCAUAGAGAAGCUUAUUUAGAAAGCAUACGCAGCGGCAAAGGAAACGAAGAAAAAAGAUAAACGACUAAUAAUCCACUAUUGGAAAGUGAUAAGCAUUCGAGCAUUUACUUCAACUAGGGGAAAGCCAUUAUUGCUGCCUCACAAUCGAACCACACAUAAAAGCCAUUCCGGGUAGACUGUACGCAACCGAAUGGGUCGAGAAAAAUCAAGAAAUCAUCCAACAUUCACAUUCCUGCUCGUUCUUUCGAUGUAAUUGAUAGUGUUAAGUCCAGAGAGAAAAGAACCCCACAAGCCGUAAUCUCUCACUCCCCAGAUUCCCACCCCCACACUACAGAAGGGAUCACAUGGGCUUUUGAGUGACUAAGGUUAUCAGAGACCAAACUCACAUUCAAGUUUAUUAUCCAGCAUUGAUGGAGCAAGGCAAUAGAAGCGUAGGGAAGUAUAUAUACGAUGUGAGCACUUUUAUCGGCACAUUUGAGGAAGUGAUAGGAAGUUAGAAGUAUAUCAGAGAGAAAGAGCUAGUGAGUCACUCAUUCACACAAUAAUAUUAGUAGUUUGUAGGACGAAGAUGCGUCAAGCCGAGAAACGAUAUAUCGUUGAUACAAUUCAAAAGUGAAUUAGAUAAACACAAAUCAAAAAACUGUAAGAGGAGUUUUUCUCAUGAAAAAGUAAAAUCUUUUAAGAUUACAAUCAAUUGAUACAUCGUAAAAGGAUACCGAGGAAGUUUGAAUACAGAAAACGUAGUAAAAGAAAACUUUGCAUUUUUGGACACCCUAGCAUAUUGAAAAUCACUUUUAGAUGCCCUGUCUAUCAUCAAAUCUAAUGCACUUCUGUAGAAGUUACAUCAAAAUGCGUUUUCAAGCUAAAUCCACCAGUUCACUUCGUUUCAAAAAUAUGUGCCGAUUUUUACUUGAGGAAUCUCAACGAAUGUUUUAGUUCAAAACAAAUACUUUAGGAUUAAGAAGAUCGAUAUUUUUAACGUUCAAAAACUUUAAAUUUAAUCCAUCCAUAUUUGCGUGAAUAAAAAUAUUCAUCUAGCGAUUAGAAGCAACCGUUGAUUUUGUUUAUUUUAUACAGCACGUUUUCUUCCAAUCCUCUUGUUUUGCAAUUAAAAUACCAUACACUCUUGGUCGAAAGUUUAAAGUUUCGGAAACCCGAACACGAGAUUUUGAUUAGGAAGGGUAUUCCCUCUCCUUUCUUGUAGAUUAGGCUAGUGGACAAUUCUUCAUCCUCCCAUAUCUUUGAAAGAAUCUGAUAAAUUGAUUGAUGCAGCUGCUCGCUUUCGCGAUUGAGAAGAUCGACCUUAUGAAAAACUUAUUGUUUUUCAGCUUCAGGACCUUCUAAACCUCAUCCAGAUUGGGUUGGAUGAGGUCCGGUUUCUGAUUACACCUUUAUUGUUAAUGGUCAACAAAUCUUCGAAUUGCUCCUUCCUCCUGGGAGCCACCAUUGUUUUGUGGGUCAAAAAAUUUAAACAAAUUGUUGACUAAAUUUUCGAAAUAUGCCUUAAGUUUUGAAUAGCCAACAUUUUUAGAAUUGUGCUACCUUAGUUAUCAUUCAUUGAUUUCAGGUAAACUCAAAUUUCCAAAAUCAAACGUAAAUAUUUUCGCCCGCUGAGCCCAAACUAGUGAUCCAGAGUGUAUGUGCAAUAAUACUUUUUGCUGCACCGGCUUGAGCCCUGUGUGCCACUAUAAUUGAUACAAACACCCAUAAUACCUACAAAUAGACAGACUGUGAAACCACAAUAACCACCAAACAAGUUGAACCAUAGCGGCACGCCACGUGCACGGAGAUUUACACAGGAUGUUUGCUUCAGCCAUACUAAACUCCCACCCAUCCACCCACCAAAAAUGAAAGAUGCUCAAGCUUAACCGAUUAUACAAGACAAGAACGUAGGUGCGGUUAGAGAACCGUUGUAGAUUAUUUCACUCUCAGAGCCAUGUAAGAAAUAGUUGUGUCAAAAAUCAAACCCAGCCAAAAACUUUAAAAUACAGGACACUCCCUUUACAAAAUUUGUCGUCUUAUAGAUAUUUUGAUCAGACCCGGAGAGUUCCAUUCAAGUGAACAUUGUUGUAACUAGAACCACAAAAAAUUAAACUCCGAAUACAUGGAGUAGAGCAAACUCGUAUUGUAUCGAUACAAAUGUGAACCAUUAAGUACGCGCUAGUAGGAUAAACACGAAACCCCGAUUUACGCUACCACCAGCCUACAUGCAUAGGUAUAUUUUUUGUUCUCACGGAUAGACACCUCAAUCCAGACAUCAAGGAAUUAACCAGGAAAGAGUUGAACAAUAAUGUCACCGCAUAUCCAUAAUCCAUAGAUUGUAUGUCUCUUAGGAAACCUUACAAAAACAAAAUCCAUAGGAAAAAAGGGGGAGAAGUUUACUGCACGCAGCAUCCUGUCAGAACUAAAAAGCCAUCAAUCGCAUGGAAGUCGUGUUGAUAUUUUUAUAAAUGUAUUUUAUCGUUUAAGUCUGAAAUAAAGAUUUGCUUAAGUCAA